ACUAUAUUUUUUCCCCAAAAAUUGCGCUCUCUUCUCUCAUAGUUGCUUUCGCUUUCUUCUUAUAGGGGGGUGGCCACCGACAGCUUCUGGUGAUCGGCGUCAACCCAUUUUAAUGCUUUUUUUCUUUUUUCCCGCAGUUUGCCUUUGCUUUGGGUUGAUUUCAUUGGAAAUUUCCAGUCAUUUUCUCUCCUUUCUAGCCGUUGUAGCCUUCCAUCUCCAUCUCCAGUUGAGCUUGUCUCUUCGUUUCGUUUUUUAGGUUUACCAUUUUAGGGCUUGCUCAUCGAGGGCUUUGGAGUUUGCUGCUUGGGAUCCCAAUUUGAUAUGUGAGAUGGUUGUUUUCUAUGUUCAGUGGGUUCAGCUUGGAAAUCUCUAAAUCCUAAAUUCUUCAAAUUAAAGUAAAUCUUGUUUUAGUUUUUUUUUUCAAAUUCAUGUGUUUCUUGUUCAUAACUUCAUUAGCGACGAUUGAUACCGUGUUGACAUGAAUCGCAUUCACGAAAUGACAAUUAUGAGACGAGUGCUUUAAAUGCGCAAAAAAAAAAGAGUGCACAGAAUACACCAUCGUAUAUAUAGAUGUAUCUAUAAGCUGCUCUGCAUAACAACCAAAUUAAAAAUACAGGGGUUAGAGUUGUAGGUAUAUACACAGGUAUUUACCACUAAAAAAUCACUCAAGACCACAUUGAUUAUUUUUAAGGAGUGAUAGUGAAUUAUAAGGUCAAUUUAACCAUGUUAAUUAAUUGGUUUAGGCUGGGCCUAAAUAAUGGUAUUUUGGGCUUCAUACCAGGUACCUCAACACACACCACUUGACCCACCAAACACCCACCUGUCACGCAAGGGGGGUCAAGUGCCAAGCGUUGACACCCUUCAACCGUGGUGGCAAAGAGAGCCAAAAUUUGGCUAAGUGUCGAGACCUAACCACCGGGGGGGUCAAGCAUGAUGUCAUGCAAGAGGGGUCAUGCACUAUACCUCUUCCUAGGUGACACAAGCGGGGUCAAACACUAUACCUCUUCCCAGGUGACGCGAGUCCCUAUACGUGGUGGCGAAAAAGCCAAAAUUUGGCUAAGUGUUGAGACCCACAACACAAAGGGGGUCAAGCAUGACAUCAUCCCAAGGGAGGUCAAGCAUGAUGCCAUCCAAGGUUAGUCGAGUAUGACGAGACGCAAGGGGGUCUAGCCGCCUACUAGGUAUCAAGCAUGUUGGCAAGGGAAGAAGGGCCACACGAGUCCCUAGACCAUGGUGGUGAAGAAAGCUGAAAUUUGGCAAUGUAUGGAGACCCAACCUCCAGGGGGGUCAAGCAUGACAUCGUGCAAGGGAGUUCAUGCAUGACAUCGUCCAAGGGGGGUCAUGCAUGACACCGUCCAAGGGGGUCAAGCACCGGAUACCAAACACUAGGAUGUCAAGCAUGAUAUCGUGCAAGGAAAGUUGGUGUCGGCAUUGCUUUGAAACUCACCUAUCAAGUACCCAAGCAGAGCAGGCAUGCUAGGUCUCUCAUGCAAGAUCAUCAAGUUUCUAAGUAGUCAGCCAUGUAUAUCAUCACAUGGUAUACCACCUUGUCAAGACCCUACAAGCAUGAUGCCAACCCAAGGGGGUCAGUGUGCAUCCAUCCCCCAAGCACCCUGGUGUCGAGCAUGACAUCAUGUCAAGGUGGUUAGCACGAGUACCACCAAGCAUGAAGCCUUCACUCACCAAACAAGACACCUCCAUGGCACAAGGGGUUAGCUAUCAAGUGAAGUCAUCAAGUGGCAAACGCGCAAGACAGUCAAGGCGUCAAGCAAGCUACAUCAAGCACCAAGCAGUGGAGCAGCGGUUACCAAGAGGCGGUUGCACGACGGUUAAAAGGGAUGGCUAUAAAUAGGAGAAAGAAAAACAAAGCAAGGGUUCCAAAACCAAAAAUUUGACGCACAUUGUCAAACUUUAUCCUUUUCUCUGCAAAUUAGCCAUAGCCUUAGUUUUCAGAGCUCUCACUGAACCUCCAUAGGAGUAGGAGUAAUUAACGUUGCUUGUUCCCAAAAAACUCAUCAAAAUCAUCAACCACCCUCGUUCAAUCAUUGUUUGGAGAGGAGUGAACCGUGUAAUUAUCGUUGUUCAAGAAGUCAAAGGUGCAUUUAUUGAGUUCAAACACUAGAUUUUCCUCGCCGGAAAACAAAUUGGCACACCUAGUGGGACACUUGUGAUUGAUUUGAUGGCUCCACGACUGAGAGAACAAGAAGGUGAUCUUUCACCUGGAUUUAUAAAAUAGCUAGUGGCUAGGUAUGAUCUUGGACAAUUAGCAAUAAGUGACGCCGGAAACAAUGGUGGGGCAACUGGUCAGCCUUCUCCGGCACCAUGUUUGGGUGUAACCACCACCACUUUGUCUCUCGACCAGUCACUGGUGGUAGAAAUGCAAUUAAUGGAGGAGGCUAUGGUGGGAUACACAAAAAAAAUUGUAUCUCAACUUGAUUAUUUCCAUACUCGUCUAAAUCGACGUUUGGAUCAACUGGAUGAGAUUUGUGAGAUAAAUGAAAAUAAUUGUAAGAAGUUUCUCCAACUUUUGAUGAAACCAGUUUUGAGAUCAAAGGUUUUGGCGAAAUAUGGUGUAGAUCGACCAUCAAACGUUGCUACCGGGUAUACCAGAAUUCUAGACUUCGGUGGCUGGACUACUCAGCCACGGUCAGAGAACUCAUCAUCUCCGGUGACAAGUCAACCACCUCUUCAGCAUGGUGCUUGUGGCAAGAAUCUCGCUCCCACGUUCACCACUCACGUUAAGAAAUUGCCUAUACAGACAAUUACUUUAGAAACUGCCCUAGAGGCUAGACCAUGCCUUAAUGUGAAAGUUGGUGCAGGGUCACUCACUACAAAUGUGUUCCCACAAGCUUGUCCAUCACCACUGCUAUCCACGCCCAUCAAGCCUGGUGGAUGCAAACCGCGAGGGGGGCAGGCAGAGGGGUAUGAAAGCCUACCACCUGACAAGUUGAGGGUGAAAUAUCAGGAUGGGGGGCACGUUGACGUCAAGGAAAAUGGAAAAAGAACUUUGUUUGAGGACUCACCACAUUUUUCAUCAAAGUGUGGCAAGAAUGGCAUGUCUCUAUCUCCAUGCAGCGGACAGGGGGGCAUGCCAUCAAACAUGAUGAGUGGAGUGCGUGGCAAGUCUAAGCAGGUGUUGGAUACACAUACCACCAAUGUUUUUCAUAACUUUAACAACGUGUCAAAGAGUGGACACGGAGGCAAGGCCCCUUGUAGCAUGCCACCCAUGAAUGGUCGACAAAGGGGCAUGUCACUAACCACUAACAAUAGAUAGAUAGACAUACCGAAGAAGCCACAACAUGAAACCACACAUGUUUUUAGUAAGCAUACUAAUAUGACUAAGUUUGGCAAGGGAGACAUGUCAUAAACCAGAACCAAUAAGUUAAUAAGUGUGCCUAAUAAGCCACAACAUGAAGCCACACAUGCUUUUAGUAAGCAUGCUAAUAUGGCUAAGUCUGGCAAGGGGGGCGCGUCAACAACCAUGAGCAAGGGUAUGAGGGGCAUGUAUCCAACCAAUGGACAGGGGUGCAUGUCACCAAAAGUGAAGAAACGAGUGGGGGCAAGUCUAGGAGUGUUCAUUACACUCAAGCCCUCUAUGAUUUUCACCAUCACGAGAGUGUGUUAAUGGAUGGAGAAAGAUGAAAGUUCAUGCUUAACAGCCCUCAUGGCAUGCCAAACAUGAAUGGCAGACAAGGGGGCAUGAAUAAGACAUCUCGGCAUAC